AUGGCUUACUUUCCCUUGGCCUCCAAGAUGGCACGAGUACCAUUGGGUUUGAAACUAGGGUUGUUGGUAAGAGUGAAAGUAUGGGUACUACCAUCAAGAGCAAUAGAAGCACUGGUAGAAAGUGCGGCCUUAACAGCUGAUAAUGAGAUAGUUUCUAAGAAAAUAGCAAUUAUUGAAAAGAAUUUUACAAUAAAUACAGAAGAACCUUGGGGUGGACAGAUUGAAAAGGUCAAAACAUGGUCAAAAACGGUUGAGAUAAGAUCGCCAAACUUAGUUCAAGAAAAUACAUUUGACUUUGCAGCCCGUAAAACAGCCCAAUAUAUAGGAGAAUAUUAUUAUCGUUUUCAACGAUUCGCUGAAGAAAUAUCCGACGAUAUGCAAACCCUUUGA